AUGUCCUACAAUGUUAGAGGUUUGGGCAGCAGGUUGAAAAGGAGAGUAAUCAGGGAACUGGUACUACAACAGCAGGUGGAAUUGAUAUGUAUCCAAGAGACUAAAUUGGAAACAGUGGAUGCAAGCUUAUGUUCUCAAAUCUGGGGGGAUACUGAAUUUGAAUGGAAAAUGGUCCCGUCUAUCAAUAGAGGUGGCGGCAUCCUUUGCAUAUGGAAACAAGGUAUAUUUAACUUACAGGAAUUUGUGAUUGGCAAUGGUUUUUUGGGCCUAGUUGGUGUAUGGGGUGAUAUGACAGUAAGUUCAGUGAUUGUGAAUGUUUAUUCCUCUUGCCAUAUUGAGGAAAAAAGAAGGAUGUGGGAAGAGUUGCUAGAUUGGAAAAGAAGGAGCAGCUCCACAAUCUGGUGUGUUGGGGGAGAUUUCAAUUCAGUAAGGGAGGAAGAUGAAAGAAGAGGGGUAGCAAUGGGGGUAAGUUCACAGAGAAGGGAAAUGUUUGAGUUCAAUAAUUUUAUUGAAAGCAUGGAGAUGUUGGACCUACCACUUGCAGGAAGGAAGUUCACAUGGUGUAGGCCUAAUGGUCGUGCACAAAGCCGUAUUGACAGGUUUCUUGUCUCCCCGGAUUGGAUUGCAUUAUGGCCUAAUUGCUCUGUACUGGGCCUCAAUAGAGACAUAUCAGACCACUGCCCAUUGUUAUUGAGGAGCAAAAUAACUGAUUGGGGGCCUAAACCUUUUCGUGUGAUGAAUUGUUGGUUCCAGGACACAAGGUUUGUGAGUUUUGUGAAGCAGGCUUGGGGUGAGAAUUAG